AUGUCUUUAAUCGGUACAGUUUGGAACAAGGUGCUCAGCAAAUACAUCAAUGUCUAUUUAGCCGAAGGCGGCCCGGGCUUCAGGCGCCUUCCCGAAGCAAUCGAUCAAGCAGCAAAAGACGCUGCAUUAGCUAGACUUAAGGCGGCCUUUGAGGCCGGCAAGCUCUUCAACGACACCGACAUGGGGAAAAUGGAACAGGUCACCAUCACGAACAUGAUCCACCCCAGUCCCGGCGAUCCUAACAACCAUGACUCUGUCCAAGGUGAAACCGCUACUGGCGGUUGGGUCAAGGGCGGCCAUGUGACUAAGGAUGGGUCGAAGCAAACUGUAAGGAGCAGCUUACUUCUAUGUGUUACUACUAGCUAA